GUAUGCAAGAUUUUGACUCGAUUCGUUUUGCCACAUAUCGUGCCGCUUGCAAGUUGCGGUUUGUCCAGAAAAAGACCAAUGUGCACCUAGUGGAUAUAUGGAACAUGAUCGAGUCGUUUCGGGAAAAUGGUCUCAACGCGCUGCCCAUCCACACACAGAUCAAAACAUCUCGAAUAGAGCUGUUAUUAACCUCCAUCUAUCAUAAUUUGAACAAACGGCUCGUUUCUUCGCAACAUAUUGAUACUGAUAGAUCGAUAUCGUUGUUACUUAGCUUUUUACUAGGAACAUAUGACAAGCAACAGACGGGCCGUUUAACAGUGUUCUCGAUCAAGAUAGCCUUAGCGACGAUUUGUGCUGGAAAACUGGUGCUUGCAUUGACCACAGCCGUUUUUGAAGCUCCCACGUUCGGCUUCUCAGAAAAUGUCAUGUCGCAGUUUUUCUCGAAGGACCAACAUGUAACUCUGAACAACUUUCUGGACGUGUUCAUGUCCGACCCAUGUCCACCCUGUGUAAUGUGGCUUCCAUUGUUGCAUAGAAUGGCUUCUGUGGAACAUGUCUAUCAUCCAGUCGUCUGCGACGCAUGCCAGAUACAAUCUUUCACUGGCUUUCGCUAUAAAUGUCAACGAUGUUCGAACUAUCAACUCUGCCAGAAUUGCUUUUGGCGGGGACGAACGAGUCAAAGUCACUCGAACGAACACGAAAUGAAGGAGUACUCGAGUUAUAAAUCUCCUACAAAGCAGUUGGCGCAUUCGAUUCACAAAUCGCUUCAGUGCAUCCCUUCCACAAAUGCUAAGCAAUCUCCACUAUUUGCCGAACGCCCACAACGACCAUUAGAAUUGCAAAAUAUUGUGCCAUCAACACCGACGACUUUACGACGAGCCGCACCAGAUCCAACUCCGGUUUGGCAAUCAGCGCUGGCGUUGCUUCCAGGACAGUUGUCAAACGGAGGUGCCCUGGAUGACGAACACAAGUUGAUCGCCAGGUAUUCGGCGAAGCUGAGUGGUCGAGCCGAUUAUCCGCUUGGAAGUGGACGAGAAAUUUCAAGUAGCCAUCCUGUAGAUGAGAGAGCGUUGAUCGCCCGAUUGGAAGAAGAAAAUUCGCAUAUGAUGCAGGAGAUCACCCGAUUGGAGAGUCAGGUGGUGUAA